CUCCAAUAUAAAACCUUCUUCUUUUGUUUAAAAAAUGAUGAAGAAAAUCGUUUCUGGUACCUCUGCUAGCAGACGUAUCACUUCUGUUGAAACUGUAAAGAAGAUGUUGUUCGCUCAACAAAGCAGAUUUGAAUCCAAAGUUUAUUCAUUCAAUAUUGAUAAGGAAAAGGCUUUCAAGUUCCAUCUCCCAACCAAACAUAUGGAAGGUAUUAACUGGGAAGGUCCAAAGUCUGAAGUUAAACUCACUAAGGAAGAAUUGAUUGCCAUGUACCGUAUGAUGGCUUUGAUUAGAAGAUUUGAAUUGGUUUCUGACCAACAAUACAAGGCUCGUAACAUUCGUGGUUUCUGCCAUUUGUACAGUGGUCAAGAAGCUAUCUGUGUUGGUAUUGAACAUGCCACCAAUCGUGCUGACUCUGUCAUUACUGCUUAUCGUGAUCACGGUUUCCAAUUGUGUAGAGGUGGUUCUGUUGAAAGCACCAUGGCUGAACAAUUAGGUCGUGCCACUGGUUGCUCAAAGGGUAAGGGUGGUUCUAUGCACAUGUACAAGAUUGACCAAAACUUCUUUGGUGGUAACGGUAUUGUCGGUGCUCAAGUCCCAGUUGGUGCUGGUCUUGCCUUUGCUCACUCCUAUUUGGAUAGAUUGAAUAACAAGCAAACCAAGGAUAAGAAUGUUACUUUUGCUCUCUAUGGUGAUGGUGCUGCUAACCAAGGGCAAAUCUAUGAAGCUUUCAACAUGGCCAAGUUGUGGCACAUUCCAGUUAUCUUUGUCUGUGAAAACAACAAGUAUGGUAUGGGUACUUCCAUGCAACGUUCUUCUGCUUCUACUGAUUACUACACUAGAGGUGAUUUCAUUCCAGGUAUUUGGGUUGAUGGUAUGGACAUUAUUGCUGUCUAUGAAGCUGCUCGUUAUGCUAAGGAAUAUUCUCAACAAUUUGGUCCAAUCGUUCUUGAACCAGAAACUUACAGAUAUUAUGGUCACUCCAUGUCUGAUCCUGGUAUUUCUUACAGAACCAGAGAUGAAGUCAAUGAAGUCAGAAAUACUAGAGAUCCUAUUGCCAGAUUGAAGGCUAGAAUGAUCGAACAAGGUAUUGCUACUGAAGAUGAAUUGAAGGAAAUUGAUAACCAAGUUAAGGAAGAAGUUCAACAAGGUACUGAAAAGGCUAUUGCUGCUCCACUCCCACCUCUCCACGAACUCGUUGAAGAUGUCAUGGUUGGUCCACACGUUGUCAGAGGUAGAACUGUUGACGAAAUGUACUCAUUCAGUAAAUAAAUUAAUUUGCACUCUUUUC